UCACACAUGCGCAGUAGCGACCGUGGUUUGUUUGGCGUUUAUUUCCUGCCACCACGUUACGGUUUUUUAACAAAUAGUCUUUAUGGAGGUAAAUAUGUUGGCUGUAUAUGUUUUCAGUGACACACACAACUACUAACCCGCCUGUGGGGCAAUCGACCGUUUCAAUUAAAUGUCAGAGUUUUAAAACGUCACUGAAGAUGCCGCUCUUCGGGAACACGUUCAGUCCGAAAAAGACUCCUCCUCGCAGAUCUGCCUCACUGUCCAGCCUCCACACGUUGGAUCGUUCAACAAGAGAAAUAGAGCUGGGCCUUGAAUGUGUAACUCCUGUGAUGAACCUCGGGGGUCAGAGCAUGAAAUUUGAAGAGGGGCAGUGGAUAACAGAGUCUGGUGAGAAUACGUCUGGGAGGGAAGUGCAGCGACUAAAGAAAAGAAAUGUACAACUGGAGGAGGAAAACAACCUCCUGAAACUAAAGAUUGAAAUCCUCCUGGACAUGAUGACAGAGACGACUGUAGAGUACCACCUGAUGGAGAAAGAAGUGGAAGAUAUAAAGAUUCAACAUCGAAGGAAGAAAUGACAGAUCAGAUCUGGUUCUUUCAUCAUAGGAAAUGUUCUUUUUAAGGUUUUUUUGUAUUCACGAUAGAUUGAAGUUUGUUUUCUUUCUUAUCUUAUGUUGUUGUUUUUUUCUUUUAAACAAUAGAUCAUGAAUUUUCUCACAAUGAGAACACGUGUUGAAGGUCUUGGCCCUGCUCGUAUUUAAAAGCAGGUAAAGAUGUGGCAAAGGACUAAAUAAGCUGUCAAAGUUGUUUGUCUGAUAAUUUGUAAAAACCUGUCUUUUUAACUAUCACCAUACUUUAAGCUUAGUACUUUAAAAUCUGCAGGUGCACUGCAUAUGAAUUAUAUACAUUUCUGUUGUCUGUCAGAUGUAUAUAAUUUAUAUAAUGUUCUUCCUAUUUCUUUUACAAUAAAAUGUUCCAAUUGUAGUUGUUUUGGUGUCUGGAAAAAGGAACUAUAAAGUCAGAUAUAUAUUGACACCAGGUAAAUUUUAAAUGCAAUUUAAAUAUUUACAUGGGAUGAAUAGAUAGAUAAAUGAAUUGGUCUGUAACCCAAAAAACCAAAACAAAGGCUUUGGAUAAAAACAACAAAAUGUACCUUAUCAAAUUAAUUUCCCAUCAUUUAUUUUAAGGAGAUAUUGCGUUCAUUUUCACUUCAUGACAGUUUGACAGUCAUGACAGUCUGUGAUUUACAGUUAUUGAUUUUAUUAUGAACUCCGCCAAAGAGGUUAUGUUUUCAUUGACAUGAUGAAGAAGCAUCCUGAUGCGAAGUGUGAGUGCAGCCAGAUUGAGGCCGUAAAACCUGUUCGCCUGCAGUGAGUUAAAUACUCAAAGGAAGUUAUUAAAGCCUACGGAGAAGUGGCAAAGUUAUUAGAAACCGUCCUCAAUUAACUGAACCAUACUCUGUUCAGAGGGAAAGGAGUUCCGUCGCUCCACCGAGCUGUACCUGUUGAAAUGACGGCGAUCUGACUGAUGGGGGCAGCAACGCGCCAUCGAUGCGUCUGGCCUGCCAUGUCGAGCAGUAGAAGAAGACGGCGGCACUGAUUGACGUCACGGCGUGCUCGGCUGCUGCUACCGCCGAGUUGCUACUUGUGUUUGUGCUACGACAGCGGGAGACGCGAAGUAGUCGUUAGCCUUUUCUUCUAGCGCUUUAAAUUACCCGGUUUUUUACCUGUACGAAGGUCCAGACAUCGGCGUCACAGCAGCGCACUCUAUCCGUAUAAACAUCAGUUUUAAUAAUGCCUCGAGGCGGGAAAAGGUGUCACAAGGGCCGGGGAAAGCAGUUCAGCAACCCAGAGGAGAUCGACCGGCAGAUGAGACAGCAGAAGGAGCUGG